UCCUCCCCACAGCCCCCCGUGAUGCAGUAGCGGCCACUGUGCGGAGGCCGCCUAGCCGCUGCAGCCGCCGCCGCGCAGAUCCACGCUGGCUCCGUGCGCCAUGGUCACCCACAGCAAGUUUCCCGCCGCCGGGAUGAGCCGCCCCCUGGACACCAGCCUGCGCCUCAAGACCUUCAGCUCCAAGAGCGAGUACCAGUUGGUGGUGAACGCAGUGCGCAAGCUGCAGGAGAGCGGCUUCUACUGGAGCGCCGUGACGGGCGGGGAGGCGAACCUGCUGCUCAGCGCCGAGCCCGCCGGUACCUUCCUCAUCCGAGACAGCUCGGACCAGCGCCACUUCUUCACGCUCAGUGUCAAGACUCAGUCUGGGACCAAGAACCUGCGCAUCCAGUGCGAGGGGGGCAGCUUCUCUCUGCAGAGCGACCCCCGGAACACGCAGCCCGUGCCCCGCUUCGACUGCGUGCUCAAGCUGGUGCAUCACUACAUGCCGCCCCCCGGGGCUCCCUCCUUCUCCUCACCGACUGAACCCACCUCCGAGGUGCCAGAACAGCCGCCGGCCCAGCCGCUCCCGGGGAACCCCCCCAGGAGAGCCUAUUACAUUUACUCGGGGGGCGAGAAGAUCCCUCUGGUGUUGAGCAGGCCCCUCUCCUCCAAUGUGGCCUCUCUCCAACAUCUCUGUCGGAAGACCGUCAAUGGCCACCUGGACUCCUAUGAGAAAGUCACCCAGCUGCCUGGACCCAUUCGGGAGUUCCUGGACCAGUACGAUGCUCCACUUUAAAGAGCAAAGGGCAGGGGUCGGGGCGAGGGGCCUGGGUCUCCUUUCCUCCGUGGCACAUGGCACAAGCACAAGAAUCCAGCGGAGAGAGCCCUGCGGCUCUGGGUGAGCCAGGGGGUGGACAGGCCCCUCCCUCUGGCCCUCCCCCUGCAGAAUGGGGCAGGCAGGACCUGGAAUGUGUUUGAGGGAAGGGGAGUGCCACCUGAGCACCCCUCCCCCACUCCAGCCUCUCCGGAGGAGCCAGAGGCCCGAUGGGACCACGCCAGCGACAGCAGUGGAUUGAUUAUCCUCUACUCUCCGCUUCCUCCACUCCCUGCACUUCCAGACCAGGGACACUGCCGGAGUGCUGAACUAGUGAGAACUGCUGGGGAAUCUGCAAACUUUCCGACGGAACUUGUUUGCUCUUUGAUUUGGUUUUAAACAUGGCUUUAACCCUGAGCAAGUCUCAGGCCUGGGACAGGGUGGACGAGAGAGUGUGCCUCAGGGCCCCAGGGCUGCAGGCUGGCCAAGGAAUUGGCCACGCCCACCGCCCAACCCAGGUGAGGAGGGUGGCUGCUAGCUCCUCCCCUGGCUCCGGGGAGAACAAGACCAAGGGGUGACCUGAAGGGGACCGUUCUGCUCCCUCCCCCUUGGGACAGCCACCAGGAAACACAGGUCCUAGAGUCUAUUGAGUGCCCAAGAGCCCAGAUCCCUUCCCCCGUUUUAAGGGGGAAGUGGUAUUUGGUGGGGGAGGGACAGGCUGGUCAGUUCUUUCCCCACUCAUGCUAUACCUUCCAGCACCUGGGGGCUGGGAGGGACGGAGGAGAUGAGCCAUCUUUGACCCCUGACCCCAGCCAGAGAAGAUGGAGGAUUCCACUUUGUGCCUCCUAUGUCUGGCUCGGAGAUUUGCCUUAAAUGCUCCCUGUCCCAUGGAUAGGGACUGGCACACAAGAAGCCACACACGCAGCCAAUCCAGGCAGAGGCCAAGGGAUUCUCAGAGGGCAGGCAGCUGGCCACACAUCAUGGGAGGUGGGCGCAGAUGCAUGAUCCUGUCUUCCAGCUGAGCACUGGAAGAAUGAUAGCCCAGCUGGUAUUGGCCUGUCAUAGGUGCCUCCUGGUGCCUGGGCUCUGGCCAGAGCACAGCCACCAGGUCCCACAGCCCCCCAGGCCCUGCACAGCGCUGCCUCCUCCCCUGGGGCCAGAGGGGCAUGCAUGGAGUCAUCAAGAGACCAGGGUACCUGCCACCCCGGCUGCUUCUGCUCUGCAAUAGCACUGAUCAGUGAAAACUUACAGGAAUGUAGCAGUGAUGGAAUUACCUGGAAUUGUGUUUUUUGGGGGGGGGUGGGGGGGAACUAAACAAAGUUUUCUUUGUCAGGUAUUGGUUUGGAUGGGGCAGCUGUGUGUUGGGGUUUUUUUUUUUUUCUGUUAUUUUUGUUUUUGUUUUUGUUUUUUGAUGAUGUUUACAACCUGCCUCAAUCACUCUGUCUUUUAUAAAGAUUCCACCUCCAGUCCUCUCCCCCCACCCCACCCAAGCCUUCAGGGCUGUUAGGAGAUGCUUGAAGAACUCAACAAAAUAUCAAUCCAAACUUUGCACAUAUUUAUAUUUAUAUUCAAAAAGAAACAUUUCAGUAAUUUAUAAUAAA